UCAAAGGUUAGGAGUAAGGAAUGUUUCUUUAAUUACAUCAUUUUGUUUGACACCCAGAAAAAAAUGUUGACGAAGUUUGAAACAAAAUCCGCUCGUGUAAAAGGGCUAUCCUUUCAUCCAAAACGACCUUGGGUUCUUGCAAGUUUACACAAUGGAGUUAUACAGUUAUGGGACUACCGUAUGUGUACCCUGUUAGAUAAAUUUGAUGAACAUGAUGGACCUGUUCGUGGAAUCUGUUUCCAUAGUCAACAACCAUUAUUUGUGUCUGGUGGUGAUGACUAUAAGAUUAAAGUAUGGAACUAUAAACAACGCAGAUGCAUUUUCACCCUAUUAGGUCAUUUAGAUUAUAUCAGAACACUUGUAUUCCAUCAAGAGUACCCAUGGAUUCUAAGUGCUUCAGAUGAUCAGACUAUCCGUAUUUGGAAUUGGCAAAGUCGUACUUGCAUUUGUGUCUUGACUGGGCACAAUCACUAUGUUAUGUGUGCACAGUUUCACCCUACAGAAGACAUUAUAGUAUCAGCUUCUUUAGAUCAAACUGUUAGGGUAUGGGACAUAUCUGGUUUAAGGAAGAAAAAUGUUGCUCCUGGGCCAGGAGGCCUGGAAGAUCAUUUAAAAAAUCCUGGUGCAACCGAUUUAUUUGGUCAAGCUGAUGCUGUGGUAAAGCAUGUCCUUGAAGGGCAUGAUAGAGGUGUUAAUUGGGCAUGUUUCCAUCCCACAUUACCUUUGAUCGUUUCUGGAGCAGAUGAUCGUCAGGUUAAAAUGUGGAGGAUGAAUGAUGCCAAAGCAUGGGAGGUAGAUACUUGCCGCGGACAUUACAACAACGUUUCUUGCGUUUUGUUCCACCCUAGACAAGAUCUAAUCCUUUCUAAUGCAGAAGAUAAGAGUAUCCGCGUCUGGGACAUGACAAAACGCACAUGCUUACACACGUUUAGGAGAGAGCAUGAAAGAUUUUGGGUUCUUGCUGCUCAUCCUACUUUAAAUCUCUUUGCUGCUGGUCAUGAUUCUGGAAUGAUCAUUUUCAAACUCGAGAGAGAACGACCAGCGUAUGCUGUGUACGGAAACGUCCUUUAUUACGUAAAAGAACGUUUCCUCCGAAAAUUAGAUUUCACUACCUCAAAAGAUACAUCUGUUAUGCAAAUACGUGGAGGUGGAAAGACACCUCCUUAUAGCAUGUCGUACAACCAAGCUGAAAACGCUGUUUUAAUUUGUACAAGAUCGCCUAACAAUAUAGAAAACAGUACUUAUGAUCUAUACAUGAUACCUCGCGAGGGUGAUUCGAAUACCGAUGCUGAUACAAAACGGGCUUCUGGUGUCACUGCCAUUUGGGUUGCUAGAAAUCGGUUUGCCGUAUUAGAUAGAGCGUAUUCGUUAGUCAUCAAGAACUUGAAAAACGAAGUUACGAAAAAGGUGCAGAUUCCAAAUUGCGAUGAAAUAUUUUAUGCCGGCACGGGGAUGCUUCUUUUACGCGAUGCUGAUCAAGUAACGCUCUUUGACGUUCAGCAGAAGAGAACACUAGCAGAAGUAAAGAUCUCGAAAUGUAGAUAUGUAGUUUGGUCGAGUGAUAUGUCUCACGUUGCUCUACUCGCGAAGCAUGCCGUUAAUAUUUGUAAUCGUCGAUUGGAGUCCCUUUGCUCCGUACACGAGAACACUAGAGUGAAAUCAGGAGCUUGGGACGAUUCUGGAGUAUUUAUUUACACUACCAGUAAUCAUAUUAAAUACGCAAUAAACAACGGUGAUCACGGUAUCAUCCGCACAUUAGAUCUACCAAUAUACGUAACUAGAGUCAAAGGCAAUCAAGUUUACUGCCUGGACAGAGAAUGUAGGCCGAGGAUUCUUCGAAUAGAUCCGACAGAAUAUAAAUUCAAACUAGCUUUAAUCAACAGAAAGUACGAAGAAGUUUUACACAUGGUUCGCAACGCAAAUCUCGUUGGCCAAUCUAUCAUUGCAUACCUACAACAAAAGGGGUAUCCUGAAGUUGCCUUACACUUUGUCAAAGAUGAAAAAACUCGUUUCGGCCUUGCACUCGAAUGUGGAAACAUCGAAGUCGCUCUAGAAGCCGCGAGAUCCCUCGAUCAAAAGUCCUGUUGGGAAAGCUUGGCCCAGGCAGCCUUAUUGCAGGGUAAUCACCAAGUUGUGGAGAUGUGUUAUCAGAGAACUAAGAAUUUCGAGAAGUUAUCGUUCCUUUACCUUAUAACUGGCAACUUGGAGAAGUUACGUAAGAUGAUAAAGAUCGCAGAAAUUAGAAAAGAUGUGUCUGGACAAUACCAGGGUAGUUUGCUACUUGGUGAUAUUUAUGAACGCGCAAAGAUUUUACGAAAUUCCGGCCAAGCAUCUUUAGCUUAUGUAACAGAGAAGAUACACGGCAUUUCAUCUGCAGAAGAUGAUAUCCAGUAUAGUUCCAUGAGUGAAGAACUUUCUGCCCUUGAAAAAGGAGCAGUAUACCUGCAACCUCCAGUUCCUAUUCAACAAGCCGAAAAUAAUUGGCCACUAUUAACAGUAUCGAAAGGUUUCUUCGAGGGUGCAAUGUUAUCACGCGGGAAGAGCCAAGUAGCUGCUGCUUUGGCUCCAGAGGAUGAUAACACUGUACCUGCCGAAGGAUGGGGUAACGACGAAGAGUUAGGAAUUGACGAUGAAGACGGUAUCGAUAUCGAACAACCUGCCGAAGGUGAAGAGAGCGCUGGAUGGGAUGUUGAAGAAGUGGAUCUACCGCCAGAGCUUGAAACUACAGUAACUGCAGUGGAAGAUGGCUACUUUUCACCACCAACGAAAGGAGUACCACCAACGCAACAUUGGAUGAAUAAUUCCCAGUUAGUCGUGGAUCACAUACUAGCUGGAUCAUUCGAAACUGCAUUUAGAUUAUUGAACGAUCAAAUCGGCGUGGUUGAAUUUGGGGCUUUCCAAAGUCUCUUUAUGAAUACUUUCGCACGGGCUCGAACAUCAUUCGAUACGUUACCAAAUAUACCUUCGUUGUAUGGAUAUCCUCAGCGAAAUUGGAAAGAUACAAAUCCCAAAGGUGGUUUACCAGCAAUUGGGUUACAUCUUACCGAUUUAGUUCAGAGACUACAAGUAUGCUAUCACUUGACAACUGGCGGAAAAUUCCCGGAAGCAGUAGAAAAGUUUCAAGCAAUUUUGCUGAGUGUACCGUUAUUAGCAGUCGAGACAAGACAAGAUAUUGCUGAAGCACAACAGCUAAUUCAAAUUUGCAGAGAGUAUAUCCUAGGUUUGAAGAUGGAGACUGACAGGAAGAAUCUUCCUAAAGCUACUCUAUCUGAACAAAAACGAAUCUGCGAAAUGGCAGCCUACUUUACACAUUGCAAUUUGCAACCAGUUCAUCAAAUUCUCACUUUAAGGAUAGCUGUAAAUAUGUUCUUCAAAUUGAAGAAUUAUAAAACUGCUGCUUCCUUUGCGAGGAGAUUACUUGAGUUAGGACCUAAACCAGAAUUAGCACAACAAGUUAGGAAAAUUUUACAGGCAUGCGAUAAAAACCCAGUAGAUGAGCAUCAAUUAGCGUACGACGAACAUAAUCCGUUCUCGUUGUGUGCAAGCACGUUUGUUCCGAUCUACAGAGGCAAACCGGAAGUCAAAUGCCCGUUAUGCGGUGCAAGUUAUUUACCACAGUUUAAAGAUACAGUGUGUAAAGUCUGCGAAGUUGCAUUAAUUGGUAAAGAGUGUAUUGGUCUGAGGAUAAGUCCUAUACAAUUCCGAUAAUUUUUUGCUAUAUUUUUCCAUUAAUGUACCUAGCAAUGAUAAUCUCAUGAUCAUCUAAAAAACUGCAAUGCAUUUUAUGUUAACACAGUAUCUCAAUUUUGCUAUUUGUUAACUAUGUUAGUUGUAAAAGGUAUUCUGUCAUUCCAACAAAGUAUUGUAAAUAUCAUGAAACAUAAACAUAUUACUAAAUCUUACAAACAUGUUUCCUUCAGUGAUUUUCCGAAGAAAAGAAGAGCAAUUUUGUACCACAUCCGUAUUGUUAUUAUGAAUUCAUAUUAAAACAAUACAAAAUA